GUAACUUUCAGUGACUUUCGUUUGCUCGUUCGGAACGCUUGUAUGGUCGCACUGCUUUGGUUCGGAGUUUUGUGUUUGUGUUUAUUGUUGCUAUUUUUCGGAGGCCAGCAUUUGAUUAACAAUUAGGCGUCAGAAGCGAAGAUCCAAGUGAGAAAUCCACGAAGAAGCGACGCCGAUUCAUGUCGGGCCCAAUUUGGUGUGUCUCUUUCGGGCUGCUGGAUGAUUGAAACGAAACCAUCAUUUGUCGUGUGACAUCAAUUGUGGAUACUGGAUAGUGCCUUCCAUACCUGCGCGUGUGAGAGUUUCUUCCUCCUCUACCUUCUCUGACUUGCCGGGCUGCGCUGCGCCGCGCGCGGAUUCCCGCCGCCGAUUGUUGUUGGGCUGCGCCACCCCGCUCGAAAAGGUUAGCAAAAGAGUGAGAGAAAAACAGCUGAGUCAGAAGAAGAACAGCAAAAUCGAAACGAAAAAAAAAGUGUGAUUAAGUGAAGAUUUAACGGAUCAGUGAUAAAUUGGCGGGGUGUGAGGAGGUUACCGAAGAGAAUAGGAGACCCCAAGCAAGUGAAGUAUAGGUCUGAGGUGGGUUCAAAGAAGAUUCAAGUUGUUUGGAGUUUGCUGGAGCUUUGGAAGAGAGAGUGUCGUCGAUUGUGCCGUUGUGCAAGAUUUCAGUGCCACACGGCCCCUCUUCAAAGGAAAACAAGGUCAACGAGAGAUUUUGUUCGUUCUUCAUUCUCCGGGUCUUAAUCGGUGGGACGGUGAAUUUUGAUUAGGGCGCAUGCUUGGAGGCUAACUUCUCCCAUUCAACCCGUUUAGCGUGGGGUGCGGUUGGAAAAGUGAAGAUCGUUAAUUAAUCGUUCCAGUUUUGUGGAAAUCACGUCUGGGAAUUGUAUGUACGGAUAAUUGAUACAUUAAAGCAAGUGAGAAUCGGGUGAAGAAUAGUUCUGUGUGGAGAAGAUUGAAGAAUUGUUGACGUGGAGAACGUAGAAGGAUUGUGAAAAACUUGUGGAAGCAGUUGAGUGCGAAACUUAUUGCUAAUCAUCACUCCGGAAACCCUUCUGGAAUCUACUGCAAAGUGACUAUCGAUAUAAUCCAUGAUCAACCAUUAAAAUUGUACUUCGAAUAAUCGCAGUCAUAACAACACCAAUGCAAUUGCCAUCGCCAUAACACUGCAAGCAGGAAGCCACCGUCUGCACCAGUCUGUAAUCAAAAGUGCAAAAACAACACAUCCAAUAAAACACAUCUGCAGCCACCUGACUGCAACUGCAACCACUGAGGGGAAAAAUCCAAAAAUGUAAUACUCUAUAAAUAAUGCAUUAGACACAUACCCGGUUGCAAUCCUCAAAAAAAAAGUGGGUGAAGCACUAAAUCAUUGAAAGCGCUGCAACACAACACCGCCGCCAGCCAGUCAACAACACCAGCGUUCCAACUCUUGAUUCAUUGAUAAGAAACUGCUCUGGUGCUGGUGGGUCCGGCGCAAGCCUUUGAACUGCAAUCAGAUCGUGACGACGGCUGGGAGACAGGGGGUGGCGCGGCAAAGCGCAACCAAACGAAAGUGACGCAGCACCAUGGAGAAGUAUGUAACCGUCGUGUCGGUCGACGAUCAGCAGCAACAGCAGCAGCAGCACCAGCUACCGACAGACGUAAAUGGCAGCAAGGAAGUGCUAAAUGGGGGUGUGGAAGCUAUCGUUAAUGCGGUCGGCCAUGGAAGCGACUGUGCGGUUGAUUCGCAGUUUGUCACAGUGCUGUCGAUCAACCAUGGCGCUGCCCCGGAGGGGUCCAGCGAACCAGAAAUCGUACUGGUCUAUCGGUUACCUGGGGAGAGGUUAGGCUUCGGGCUCAAGUUUCAGGGCGGCACGAAAAAUAACGAAAAAAUUCAGCGGUUGUUUAUCCAAUCGUGUGCAGAAAACAGCCCCGCUUCGAGGGUGCAGGCCAGUUGGGGCUUCCUAAGGGAAGGCGAUGAAAUUUUAGAGAUCGAUGGAGUAACAGUGACGCAAAUGACAAGGAUUGAAUGCGUCAAGUGUUUGAAGGAAAGUAAUUUGGCCAUUAAGUUAUUGGUGAGGAAUGGGGAAGGAAAAGUACAAAACUUCUUUGAUGAGAAUGGGGAUGUCCCGGAGAAGAAAAGUGUGCCACCGCCACCACCUCCAGUACCUCCGAGAAAGUUGAAUAAGCGGAAAGUUGUUGAACAACAUGCCGUGGAACCUCCGGCGAAACAAAUCGUUGAGAUUGUACAUCCUCCGGAUGCGGAAGUUUACUCCAAUUUGUUCUCUGACGACAUCAGCGAUCUGAUCAGUGAGUCGGACGACACUGCCAGUACAAUUUCUACAGUCAUAGAUAAGUACUCAAUAUGCUCGAGUCUUUCCUCCGAAGAUUACACUAUUUCGUCAAACCCAAGCAGCUUAGAGUUGGCAAAGGCCCUGAAGCCUUUUACACUUCUCGAGAAAGAAUUCAACUUGGAGGAUAAACUUGAAAGCAACUUAUUCACCUUUCAGCCUUCAGCAGUCAAUAUAGUACAAGUAGAAAUAGAGGCACCGUCGAACUCUAAUGAAUACGAAAACGUGUCCAUAGCCAAAGUGGAUGAAAACAAAAACUAUGAAAAUGUCAUAGUUCAGGCCAGUGAUCAUCACCCACAAAACUACGAAAAUGUCACCAUACAGGAGGUCUUGGAUACUCGACCGUACGAAAAUGUUGUCAUCACCACAACAGGCGACAAAACUGAUUCAACUGUGUACGAAAACGUGGAUCUCAAAGCGCCUCCGCGUCCUGCACCCCGCCAAGGGGGUGCAGUGAUUGAACCGAAAAAACGAGCCGCCCCUCUGCCCGCGGAAAUCAUUCCACCACCUCGACAGAAGUCUCCAAAAUUCCCACCACAACUGCCCCACGAGUUCAACACCAUUCAAAGUUGGCUCCAAGAAGCCACCGAAGUGAUUCACGAGUGCGCCCUUGCCCCACACGUAGAGUCCCCCAAAGACGACAAGCGUACCGGAAGCAAUGAAAGUCUUCCCCGACUGAUCGAUUUCCACCCGAAAGUUUCUAGUCCUUUCAAGCCAGUCAGUAGUUCACCGCAACCCACAACGAUCGUUUCGGUGAAUGAUGUCGCUCGGAACGAUAAUGACAACAACGACGACGACGAUGCUGAUUUCGAGCCAGAGCGCUCGCCAACGACGACGACGGUGGUGGUAAAAAAGUGCAUCAAAAUCAGCGCCGACAGCGUCGCGCAAGGCCAAGCUGAAAACUACAUCGAUUCGUCGUCGUCCAGCGAUGACGAAGAGAGGAGCUACGAGCCGCAUGCUUUCCGCCAGCAGCAUUACCGUGAAGCUGAUGAUGAUGAUGAUGACGAUGAGGAAGAGGACGAGUUGGAGAGAAGGUCUUGCGACGAAAGCGGUGCUUUCGAUACCUACAGCGACGAGGAUGGGGAAAAGCUCGGGCCGCCGGAGAUUGUGGCCGGUGGUCCAUCGGAGGCGUACUUCAACUUCCACUGGAGCACGACGCUGCUGCCCCCGAUUGGGGAAGUGGAGGAGGAGUUCUCGUCGCUGGAAAAUCAGCAGAGCGGACCCAUCGUAAUCAUUGACACAGCAGAAGAAACCCUCUUCAAUGAUAAUAAUAACAACCAACACCGAGAGCCAAAACCAAAGCUCAACGGUCAUCACGAGUACAUCCCGGAGGUGGAAGAUGACGAACCCUUCUCAUUGGAACUAUCUGUUGAGUCCCAACGACAAGAGGUCAUUCCGACAACUAGCAUUUUUGUCCAGAAUAACCCAUCGCGACAAUCUGCCACCUCUUCAACUCUAAUCACAAACGACACUGAACUUGAUACAAAUAGUGCACACAGUGACGCAAUUAGUGCUCCUGUUGAGAAUAAAACAGCUGUUGAUGGAAACGAGUCGCAGCUCGCUGCUGAUAAGAGCCAAGUUCAGGUAGAUGUCGACAACGACGACGAUCGAAAGGUGGAACAGCCCACGGCAGACAACGAGUUGAUUGUUUUGGAGCGAAAUUCCUCCGCGGUCGAGGGUGCUGUUGAUCAGUUGACGAAUGACAUCGUGGACAACGGUGUGACAGUUUUGGAAUCGAUUGCGCCAGAAAAGAGUGCGGUGACCGUUAACAUGGAAGUGGGACCGGAUGUGCCGGAAUUGGCGAGGGAUGAUACCACGGGAGGCCAGAAGGACGUGACCGACGAUGACGUGGAUCUUUUGGCCGUGGUCGGUGAUAGUGUGGAAAGUGACUUCGAGGAACUGGUUAAGGCGCAAAUCGAACAGAACGAUGACGACAAUUCAGAGCAAAUACAACAGAUUCAUGAGCGAAUCAUCGUUGGAAUUGAACGCUCGAGCACCAGCGGUGAUGAGGGCGAUGUUGAGCUGGGUGGGGUUGUGGAGAAGCAUGUCAUUAGUGCGGAGGAGGGGGAAAAAUCGGAUGCUAGUGAAAAUAGUGUUGAAACCCAAGAAGAUCAUCCAGAGGACAUUCCUGACGGUGUUUCGGAACCAGCGAAGACGCCCGACGUGGACGAGCAGAACACGGACAAUAAUCAAGGUACCCUGAAUUUAUGGCUUAAUUGCUUUUAUUUUUCACCUUUCCUCGCGCGAUUGGCGUGAGCUGUGAGAGAGUCCAUCGGUAGUUCAUCCAGGAAGUAUCGUGUUGCAGUAAAUGUAGAUGAUGGUAAGCACUUUACAGUUUCCUUGCUGCUUCGCUGCGGUUGGCGCAAUAAAAUUUCAAAUCAUCCGUGAUCACCAUAGUCACUAGCGCCACUUCGCGCAGCCGUAAUGUAUAUUUAACGAAGUGUCAGGUUGAGAUGAAGAGCUCUCCUGGAGACUCGGACCCGGAAUAUUUGCAAACCAUUCGGCUACCUUUCCCACACUGCAGGACCACGGGCGAGGGGAUGAGUGCGUAAUUAUGUAUCAUGAAACAUUUCAUAACGCUUUUGAAAUAUCCAAUCGAAGCGAGGCAUUACGCGAACGGUGAAAAACAUGACCCCCAACGCCCCCAACACUGGCGAGUCUUAAAUUGCAAACGACGACGUUGUCUACCUUGAACGUGAUGCGCUCGUUCGAAUCCGAGAGAAAUGUAUUCGUACUAUGGACGCCUUCUUUCGUUGUUGGGUGGACGCCUCGCUUGGCGGAAGACGGAACAGUUUGACGGGAGAAAAUGAAUACCCUCCGAGGUGUUAAUCAAGGCGAGAGCAACCGCGGCGGGUGAUUAGGCGUGAAAUGAUUUCUUUGUUUGUUUUUGAACCUGCCGCUUUACGGUGUGGUAGGGAAAUAAUGUCCGAUUUCUUCAACACACACCCUACAAAGAGCCUCCUUAUGCGGUUUCAGAGGCGCUUUGUGGGGAAACUUCUCAAAACAUCAGCGAAUGAAGCAACUUACCCGGUUUAGCCUAAUUGAAACGAGGAGGCACUUACGGAAUUUGAUAAGAAAAUCCUUUCAUCCUACGGGUUCCGCCUCCGCGUCAAGCGUGUAGGCGGUAGUCGACGAGGCCGCACAGACGAGGACCAAGUCCAAACGCGAUAAUUACUGCAAACAACUUUUCAACCCUCGUUUGCGGAGAGAACAUUCCUCCCGAAGGUCUUUCCAAGCAUCUCGCCGCGCAUAGCGAGCAAAGAUCCGUUAAAUAGAUUCUAAAUUAAAUUAAUUACCGUCAGGAUUGUGUGUGCGGCAGGGAUUGUUCGAAGAAAGGAAUAGAAAACAAAGCUCAGAUCAGGGCGGUGUUGUGCUGAAACGGGUUUGAGUCUACUAUGUAGUGAAAAAAUAAAAUAAAUAAUAGCGGAGAGUGAGAUGUCUUGGAAAAGUGCGACCAUGAUGGGCAAUACGCUAUGCGGUGAGUCGUAGACCGGUCUUACAGUUCUAUGGUCGUUGAAGGACGGUCAGACAAUAAAUAAAUUAGCGCUGUUUACAAAUAGGAAGUGUCAUUUGUUAGAGGAGACAAUUGAUUUCGUUCAAA